AUGAACUCUAAUGCAAUUGUUAAUCAAAAUACAUUAAGAGAUGUUUAAAUGGUAUAUUAGAAGGCCAUCAGAAUGAUUUCCUGUUUGAAGGAAAAACACAAAUUAAUUACUAGGAUUAGACUUGUUGAUAGUGAUAAAGCUAUAUUUCAAGAAUUAGCUUAAGGAAUGGGUUAAUUGAUUGAGUUAUUAAGAAAAGGUUGUGAUGUACAUUUGAUUUUUAAAUAAAAUCUACCUUACUUUGAAGUUCAACUAGAUUUAGAACCAUUCAUUGUAGAACCAGGGAAGAUGAAAGAAUAUUUGUUGAGGAAAUAGUUACGUGAGUUGGGAUUAAAAAACAUUAAGUUUGAAUCUAAAGAGUGUAGAGAACAUAAUAUUGCAGAUGAUUUUAUAAAUCAGGAGGAUGAGUUCAAAAGAGAUGAAUGCGCUGAAUUGUUGAAAGAGAGAUUCGAUACUUUCAAGGUUUAAGAUGAAUAAGCCAUCAUAGAAAUAUUAAAGAAAUAUUUAAAGAAGAAUCUCAUAGAGACUUAUAAUAGGGAAUUAAUAGAUAUCAGAUUCUACAUCAAUUAGGAUUUCGAAAUAGUUAUUGAAUAUAAGAUUAAUGAUAAUUAAUUGAAUCUCUAGAAAAAAAUAAAGAGAAGAAAGUGGAGUGAAAUUAAAGAUGCCAUCUCUCAUUUUUACACUUACUAAUACUUGUAAGAGAUAACAUUAUCCAUGAUUGAACAAAUGUUCUACAUAGAUGAAAUAGAAUUUACGGAAUUAAGUAGGUGUGUCUAGUAGAUUGUAUAGGAUUUCAAAUCUAGUUACAAUCAGAACUUGAAAUACCCUAUUUCAAUCUAUAAAUCAAGUUAUUGGGACAUACUGGGCAUAUUACCUAGGAGUUUAAAUACACAUAAUAGAUUUGGUCAAUGCAAAAUUAUGAUUAUAUAGAAUUAGAGUAGACUCUUCUUUUUGAAUCAUCAGAAGAUUAUUGAGAACGAAUAAAUAAAAAAUGAUAUCACCUUAUUUUAGACAUAUACUUAAUUAAUAGCAGACAGUAAGCAAAGACUUGAAAUGAUUAAAAAGAAUGUUACUUCAGGUAAUACUCAAAAUUUGAUUAAGCAGAAAAAAGAAUUAAUAGAAAAAUUAUAAAUUCUUCCUGAAUUAGAACAGGAGAUAUAUGAUUAAGAAAUUCUUGAGAAAUAGAAGUCGGAUUAAUAAAACUAUUAUAAUGAAGAAGAUUUUAUUCUAUAAGAGGAAAUCUACGAUUAAAUGAAGGCAAUCACAGAUAAAAUUGAAUAAACAAAAUAAAUAUAUGCAGAGUAUCACAGAGUGUUGAAUAAGGUCAAAAAUGAUGUUAUAAACUUUUAAGGUUUGAAGACGAUUUAAGAAAAUAAAAUAUAUUUAAAAAAUUUGUAUAAAAGAGUUCUAUAAGAAAAGUAGAGAGUCAUUUAGAAAUUGCCUAUAUAUUUUAAAAAAAGGGAGUUGAUUGAUAACAUACAGUAAAGCCAAGCGAUUCUGUUGAUAGGGGCUACAGGAUCAGGUAAAUCUACAUAAUUGGUCUAAUAUAUAUAUGAAGAAAUUGAGUUGAAAGGGAAAAUCAUGUGUGUAGAGCCAAGAAUGAUAGCUGCGAGAAGUUUGGCUAAGAGAGUUGCUGAAGAGAUGCAUACCAAACUUGGAGGGCGUGUGGCUUAUUUAAAUGAAUAUGAUUAAUUAGAUGAUGAGAAUAAGAUUAUCUUUACAUAGGAUAGAAUAAUAUUAAAUAUCUUGCAAAAAGACCCUCUUUUAAAUGAUUAUGAAAUUGUGAUCAUAGAUGAAGCACAUGAAAGAAAUAUGAAUACUGAUAUUUUACUUGGAUUACUAAAGGAUAUAAUGAAUAAAAGAAAGGAUCUUAAAAUAAUAAUUAUGAGUGCUACGAUGGAUGAAUAAUUAUUUAGUAGAUAUUUUUAAUGUUAAGCAUUUAAGGUUGAAGGUAAGUUAUUCGAUGUAAAGAUCAAGUAUUAAAAUUCAUAUUCAGACAGAUACAUAGAAUAAAUUUACUCAUUAAUUUAAGAUAAGAUAAUCUCUAAGGUAAUGAAUGAGACAUAUACAUAAAGACAUGUGCUUGUAUUUUUGGCAGGAGUAGAUGAAAUUCAUAGACUCCUGUAUUUAUUUUAGGAUUAUUUCGAUAUGGAUGAAUUUCUAUUUUUAGGAUUGCAUGGUCAGAUGACAUAGGAUGAACAAUUCAAUGUUUUCUAAGAAACUAGGAAGAUCAAAAUCAUUUUUUCUACGAGAGUAGCUGAAACAGCUCUUACAAUCAAUGAUGUAAGUGUUGUUAUUGACAUUGGAGUUGAUCGAUUCUCUGAAUAUGAUUAAAAAAGAGGAAUGCAAAUUACAAAAAUUAAUUGGAUAUCUUAAGCUUAGGCUAAUCAAAGAGCAGGUAGAGCGGGAAGAACGAGACAAGGAAAAUGCUAUAGAUUAUAUUCAGAAAUGGAAUAUUUGACUUAGAUGUAAGAGCAUAAGACACCUGAAAUUUAAAGAUGUUGUCUGGAUUUAGUUGUGUUGAGAAUCAAAUCAUUUAAUAAGGAUCCGUUUGAGUUCGAAUUUAUACAAUCUCCUAAUCAUUAAGCUAUGAGAGAUAGCUAAUAAUACUUAAUAGAUAUCAAAGCACUAGAUGAACAAGGGAACAUUACAGUUUUAGGAAAAUUUAUGUCAUAAAUCUAAACAGAACCAAGAAUGAGUAGAAUCUUAAUUGAAGCCUAUUACAAAAACGUAUUUAGAGAAGCUCUCUCCAUUAUUUGUGUAAUGCUCAAUAAUCAAUCAUUAUACUUGAAAAAUACUGAUAUUUCUAAUAAAAUAGAAUGUUUACAUGAGAUGGGUGAUUUCUUUACUUAUUCUAGAGUUUAUUGGGAUUUUAAAUCACUCAUUGAUUCCAAUUAUAGCAAUGCCCAAAUAAAAUAGAGAUGUCUCGAAAAAGGAUAUCAUUACAAGACUUUAAAAAAUUGCGAAAAAGCUUUUGAUGAGAUGGAGAAGACGUUUAGUUAUUUUGAUUUGUAGUUGUGUGAUAAUUAAGAAUUAAAAAAUAAAAUUCUCUGGAAUUCAGAUGCUACAAGAGACGAAUGUGUGAUGACUUGCUUUUUGACAGCAUUCUAUCCUGACUUGUGUGUUUAUAAUGGGAAUCCCUACAUUGGAUACACAUUUUUGAAGUCAAAAAGAAAUGUAAGAAUAUACGGGUCCAGCACUUUAAGUUUGUUGAAUCAUUUCCCUAAAUACAUUAUAUGUUCAGAUCUGUAUUCUUCAGAUUACUUUGAUUUCUGCAGAGUGGCCCAAGAAGUCAAAAUAGAGAAACUAAAGGAAAUCUUAAAACCUAGUCAAAUAGAAGAGAUUGAGAACUUUGUUCCAGAUAAGUAUCAAUACCAAUAGCUGAGAAAUGUUUCUUCCUCCUUAUUAAAUCAUUUAAUGCACACUUUUAAUUAAUACUCAUACGAUGAAUAGGAGAAAAGAUUCUCAUAUUAUUGUAAUAAGGAUUUAGACAAUGGAAUUUUCGAAAUGUGGUCUUUAAAACCAAUAGAUCUUGAAUUUUACUAGAAGGAUUAUUAUGAAAAAUUGAAAAGCUAUCUUUAUUUUAGACUUUAUGGAUAAGGCAUGCUUGUUUAUUUUAAGCAUGGAGCAUAGAUACAUGAUACUCAAUAAUGUACUUAAUCUGAGUUAGCGAUAGUUCAAUUUUUUUCAUCUCCUUUUAAUAUUGGAGAAAUCUAAUAGAUUCUUAACGAAUAACAUUUAUACUACAAUAAUCUGUUUUAGAUAAAUGCCAAUAAAUUUGGAUAUUGUGGAUAGAUCUUCACUAAUAGUUAAGAAUCUGCCAAUCAAAUAACCUAUGUCUUAAAUGAAAAAGCCGAGUAGAGAUUGAAAUUAUAAAAUGAACAGUAAUACUAUGAAAGAUAAUAGUUGUUCACCAUAAAACCAAGAGAAUUAAGAAAUAGAGUAAUCAGAUCGUCUGUGGAAUUAAUUUUUUAUGGUUGUUUGAAUAAAGGAUUUGGAUUUGUCCAAUUUAAUAAUUCAGAAGAAGCAGAAGAUUUUCUUAUUAAAACCAUUUCCAUAGUAAAAUUUAAGGGAUGGCAGUAGGAUCUGAAAAUAUGUUAAGAUAAAAAUACUAAAAUAAGAAUAUCGAACGUACCUUACAAUGCAAAUGAAUAUGAAUUACUUAAAUAUUUAAAAGAAUUGGCUCAAUAAAAGGGUUGUUCUAAACCACACUCACUGCAUUUAAUUAGCAAUGAGUAGGUUGAAACUAAAGAUUGGAACUAAGAAAUCAAUAAAGUAUUUGAAAAGUAUACUGGAGAAAAACCUCUUCAUUUGGAUAUUCGAGCUGAUAAAAAUAAUUAUAGGAUAUUGGUGAGGGUGAUGGCAACAACAAAUCCAAUAAAGUUGGAGGAAAUGAGAAAACAAAUAAACUUUGCUGAGAAUGUAAUAGGGUGCUCAUCAGUAACUAUGAAAAUUGAAUAUAAAAUAAUAAAAAUAAUCAGUAAAAGUAUAUUGCUGCUAAAUGAAGAGAAAAUAAAUAAUAUUAAAUAACAAUUGUAAGCUAAAUAUUCAGAGGAUCUAUUGAGAAUAUUCUCAUCAGGUGAAAAUAUGAUUAUUAUUGGCAAGAAUCCAAAUUUAGUAAGAUAAGCAUCUUUGAUGUUGCAUGGUGUUUUAAAUGGAUAUCAAUUAAAAGUCAGCUUGAGGAAGUAGGUUUUUAAGUAGAUAUUAAGGAAUAGAUAAUUUUUUGAAGAUCUAUUAUCAUUACAAGAUGUGCAUGGAUUUAAAUUUAAUACUGGGUUAUUGUAAUUUGGUAAAAUAAAAGUGUAUUUGAAUCAGGAUUCUUUAAUCGAAAUUUAGAAUGCAAUAAACUCAAUGAUCAACUAGCAGGUCUCAAGCAAUCUUAUUGUAAGUAUAAGAAAUUAUUCCUUUAAAUCAUUGUUAACAAUCAAAGACAACAUUAUGUUUAUGUUACAAGAAAAAUACAAUGUUAGCAUAGACUUUAUACUUUAGAAAAAAUAAAUAAUUAUCUAUGGAAACAAUGAAUAAGCAUAGAAAUGUAAAGAUCAUUUAUUGAAAUCUCUGUCAAAGUCUCCAGAAGUUUAACAAUAAAAUAUAUGUGAAAUUUGUUAUGGUGAACUAACUGAAAAAUAUGUACUUGCUUUAUGUAAUCACAUUUUCUGCAAAAGCUGCCUAUAUGAAUCCAUUAAAGUCUAAAAUAACUCCCCUUACAAAUGCCCAUAGCAAUCUUGUGAUAAUUCAAUAAGUCUUUACGAUCUUUAAUAAAUCCUGUGCGAAAUAGAAUUUUCUAAAUUAUUAGAUUAAAGCUUUAAAAGAUACAAGGAUUAACAUGCUCAUGAGUACGUAGGAUGCAUAACGCCUGAUUGUGAAGAAUUCUUUAAAAAGUUACCCGAAGACAAAGAAUAAUUCUAUUAUUGCUAAAGUUGCUUAUAAUCAUUUUGUUUAUAGUGUAAACGAAAUGCGCAUCCUAAGAUCAGUUGCGAAGAGGCUAAAAAAUUAUUUAUUGAUGGAAAAGACUUAGAUGAAUCAGAAUUACUGAAAAUGAAUAUCAAAAGAUGCCCUAAAUGUCAGAUGGGAGUUUAGAAAAAUGAAGGAUGUCGCCAUCUUCAUUGCACUAAUUGUGGAAACCAUUUCUGUUGGGUCUGCUUGCAUUAAGCUAACUUAAGUCAAGAUAUUUAUGCACAUUUAAAUCAUUAUCAUGGAGGAGCAUAUGAAUGA